AUGGAGUAGGUUUCAUAUUUUGAAAUUGUGGGGACGUUUAACAAUAAGAAUUAAAAGUUUUGUAUAGACAUUAUUCCAACUGUAGAAGGUAUUAGCAUUGUAUAAAGCUGUUUAUAUAAUAAUUAUUAGAUUUCUUCCACUGAUUAGAAGUUAUUUGAGUUAUCAUUUUCUGAUGAGAACAUAAAAUUAUAAUGGGAUGAAUAAAUUGAACAACUAGCUUAUGGCAAUUCUGUUUCCUUAUGGAUAAAAAACGAAACAUAUAAGAUUUUUGGCAAACCAGAUAAUCUACAAUGGUUAUAUGACUUAUGUAAAGGAAAGUUUCUAUAUCUAUCUAAAGCCAGAGCUAAAUUACGAACUUUUAUAAAUCAAAAUGACACAGGAAUAGUAAGUAUAGCAUAGAUUAUUCUAGAUAUAUAGAUUGGAUGAAUAAUGUAAUACUUUUGAGUUAUGUUUUGAGAAAAUCAUUAACUAGAAGUAACAGAAAUUUAAAUAAGAUUAUGACAUUCCGGAAGAAAUAAAAAUUCUUAAGUUAAUUAACCAGAAUAAAUCUCCCUAUUUGAUUAGAUUGGAAACAAUUCAAUAUAAUGGAAAUGAAUUUUCAUAUUGUUAUAAAACAAAAAGAUUGAAUUCUCUGAAUUCACUAAUAAAAGAGUCUUAAAAAUUGAAAAUAAACUAAGUAUUAGAUAUUAUCAGAUAACUGUUAUAAGGUAUUUAAGUAUAUUAAUAUGAGUUACUAAUUAUUUUGAAUAGAUAAAGUUAGUGCACAACUAGUUAGACUUGGAAAAUGUAUAAUAUUCAAAGAUCGACAAUGUAAUUUAAAUCACUAACUUUUCUAACUCACUGUUAGAAAAAAGCAAAACAUUUUUAUAGUAAUUAAAUAUAUUAUUUCAAGUAAAGCUUAAACGAGCGGUCAUGCUUCUCCAGAAAGCUAUUCAUAAUAGUAACAUCUGACUACUGCAACCAACAUUUACUAGGUUGGCAUUCUAUUUUAUAUAAUGUACACAAUACAAUGUCAAUUAGGGUAUUUGGGUGUAAUCCUUUUGGUGAUAAUUAGGAAGAGAUUUUGAAAAAUAAUUAAAUCGGAAACUUUUGUAUACCAAAAUUCAAUGGAUUAAUGGUGGAACAAUAUAAAAAAAUUUUUGAGUAAAUUUUUGAGAUGAUAUCAUCAAUGAUGUCUGUUCUCCCUAAUAACAGGUAGAAUUCUUCAUAUUAUCUUUCAUCAAAAAUAUUUUCUCCGAAUUUUAAAUAGAAACUUUCAAAAAUGGAAUUAAGUCUUAGCUUUUACCAAUUGAAAGAAGAUGACACUAUAAAUGAAGAAAACAAGUUUCUUAAUCCAAUUUAUACUUUUAAGACAAAAUUUUAAUGA